AUGAAUAUAUAUGUAAUGAAAACGCACAAAGAAGGGCAGGAAACUCGGAUGACGAAAUUAAGGACAGCCCACAACAUAUUCCACAGAAAAAUGAUAAUACAACAGAAACAGAAUCAACGGGCUAUUUUCCUGAAAUUGAAAACAGCCUGUAUCAUAACCCUCUACCAAAUUACAAUACUAAACAGAGGGAAUUAG